GUUACAUCCAUUUUUGUUAACAUCAAAACAUCAAAACAAACUACACCCCAAAAACAUCUUGAGAAAAAUCCGUAAAUGGGGGUCAGAAUCUCCUCAAAUGAGUUUCAACCAAGAAUUAAGGAAAAAACCCCAACUUGAAGCAUGUCUUCAUGUUCCUUGCCUCUUCAUGUUGCAUCCUUUUUUUUUUUUGGUUUUCAUCUCGUUCUUGGGUUGUGCUCAUGGUCCCCCUGAGAAACCAGUCAUAGACUCUCCUUUAUUGACAGAGAAAAUUGCCUCCAACAGAACUAUUGUGGUUGAUAUCAAUGGCAAGGGAGAUUUUACGUCUGUCCAAGAGGCCAUUAAUUCUGUUCCAAGGAUAGAUGGAUUGUUAUCCAUGUUAGAAAAGGGGUUUAUAGGUAAAAAUUCAAUCUUCCUAUUGGAUUUCUCUAAGGUGUUUUUGUUGAAUGUUUCCAAUGAUUUAUUUCCAUGGUUUAACGGUAGAGAAAAGGUGCAUGGGCCAAAGAACAGACCAUGUAUCUUCAUGAGGGGUUAUGGAAGAGGAAGGACAGCCAUUGUCUGGUCGCAAAGUUCUUCUGAUAAUAAGGCCUCUGCAACACCGCGCCAUAGAAGGCCCCGAUUUUAUUGCCUUUGGCAUUAGCUUUUUCAAUGAGGCUCCCACUGGAGUUGCUUAUACCUCAUCACAGAAUCAAUCAGUGGCAGCGUUUGUGGGUGCAGAUAUGGCUGCAUUUUACCAUUGUGCAUUCUUCAGUAUCCACAACACUUUCUUUGAUUACAAAGACAGACAUUACUAUGAUAACUGCUACAUCCAAGGUUCCAUUGAUUCCUUUUUUGGCCGUGGAAGGUCCAUGUUUCAUGAUUGUGAGAUCUUUGUGAUUGAUGACAAGAGAGUAACAAUUCAUGGGUCCAUAACAGCUCAGACAAGAAAGAACAGACUUGAUAAGAGUGGGUUAAUUUGUGUUUGUUAAAGGAAAGGUUUAUGCCAUUGGUGAUGUCUACUUAGGAAGAGCCAAAGGUGCAUGUUCCACUGUGGUUUUUGCAAAGAAGUAAUUGUCCAAGACCAUUGUGCCUCAAGGUUGGACCAACUGGAGCUACGAUGGUCACACUGAGUAAGAAAACUCUCACUUCCCCGUCAAUUAUACUACACUAACUCUUCAUUAAUACUAUAUUCUAACAAAUUUAUUUGAAUGGAAACAGAAAUCUAUUUCAUAGGGAAUACCAGUGUCAUGGACCGGAACUGAAACAAAAGAUCGCGCCCCAUGGUGGAAAGCACUUACAGAUGAGGAAGCUGCACACUUCACAACCAUUAACUUCAUAAAUGGAAAGGACUGGCUGCCUGUAUGGCUAUAAAGUUCAUCCUGGUCAUCUGGAAGUGGGAUGGUUCUGUAUCAUAAAUCUCACAAGAACAGUAGACGUCACGAAAAUGAGGCCUAUGCUUGAAUGAAUUCAGAAGAAAAAUCAUCAUCUAUGGGUAAAGAAACUUUGCAAUACAUUUGCAGUGAGUUGAAAGUGUCAUAAUCUCAAAAUUUGUAUUUUCCCAAUUCAUUUAUAUGUUAAAUAAGUUAGUUACUUCUGU